AUGGGAAGUGACCCGUGGCGGACGGACGCGCGCCACGGAGCUGGUGGCGAUCGUGGAUAUCGCCAGGACACGGGAGCGUAUCGCUCGCCGGACGAAGGUUACCGCCUUCGCGAAGAGCGGAGUCGCGGGCGUGGCCUGGAGGAAUUAUUCUCUGGUCGCCAGGGAGACCUCGAUGUUGACGGAGAGGACGAGGCCGACACGGCGAAUAAGGCGCAGGAGACGGAUCCCGAAGGCGAGGCAAAGGGCGAUGACGAAGCCCAGGAGGAAGGCGCAGGCGGGCAGCGCGAUAUGCCCACUGGAGUCAAGGAGGCCGAUCCGACGCAGGCGGGCGUGGCGGCAGAGCCAAGCGCAGCGAAAGCGGAUGGGAAGAAUGGUGGUCGGAACCAGGCGCGUGGCGAAGAGAAGAAGGACGGCGGGAGGCGUAGCAGUGGCUCGCGCUCGCCGAAUCCGCGUCAGCACCGUGACGAGAAACGCGGAGGCGAGGCCAGCGACGGCAUCGCGAUGGGAGGCACGCUGGCGGCGCGCGCUCGCCAGAUCUGCGGCUGCAGCGUGACGAGAGGCGCGAAGGCGGCUAUCGCUCGCCUGAUCCGCGGCCGCCGCAUGACGAGAGGCGCGGAGGCGGUUACCGCUCGCCAGUUCCGCGGCAGCGCCGUGACGGAGAACGCGGAGGUAGUGCGCACUCGCCAGAUCCGCGGAGGUAUCACGGCAGGAGGAGCGAAGGGGACUCGCGCUCACCAGAUCCGCAUCACUAUCAUGAUGGGGGACGCGGAGAUGGGUAUCGCUCGCCUGACACGCAACGGUAUCAUGGAGGGAGGUGGGGAGGCGAGGCGCGCUCGACGGAUUGGCGUCAGCGACACGAGGAGAGCCGAGGAGACAGAUAUCGCUCGCCGCCGCGGCAGCGAAGCAGGGAUGGAAGGCAGGGCGGUGGGUCUCGCUCGCCUGGGCGAUACAGGCAGUGUGACGAAAGACAUGCCGAAGAAGGAGGACAGGAUCAACGCAGCAGCAGAGGGGGAGGCAGCGGGCUGA